AUGUCCUCAAACCCAUCUGAUAUCUCAUUCAACGUUUACAAGGUCGAAUAUGUCGGUACACCGAACCACCAAGCCAUCUACGUUGAAACCAAUCCCACAGCGUCCCAGACUCGAGGAGGUAACCUCUAUCACGUUUCUGGAAAUCUCCUCCAUGGCAUGAAGUACGAGAUCAAAACCUCAUACAAUCUGGAGUGCUCGAAAAUUUACAUACCCAGAUUGACACGAAAGAUCGGGAUCAUUGCCCAAGCAGACCUACCGAGAUUUGUGGCAGAGUGUUGCGAAGAAGUGAGACCACCACCAGCUCAGCUUUCUCCCGAUAAGAAGCGUCUUGGCUUAAAUCACGCUUUCUAUCGCUGUGGACAGUGGCUUGAAGAUGUCGUUGACCUGGCAUUUGCGAAAGGAAUCUUCAAAAAUCCCCAGACGGUACGCCGAAGAGCUCAGCGUGAGAUGUGUUUGAAGCUCUAA